AUGAAAGAGACAGACAAAGCAUGUUUCUUUUUUGAAGACGCGUUCAUUAACUUCGAUAAAAAGCAAGACAUUUUCAUCACAAAUAUUGUAGUUUGUAUUCUCAAUUGUUCAUUUUCUAUGGCGACAUGUUUCGGGAACUUUCUGGUUUUAUUCACGAUUAGAAAAACUCAAGAUCUUCAUUUGCCAUCGUUCAUUCUUUUGGGUUGCCUGGCAGCUUCGGAUGCUAUUGUUGGUUUGAUUUGUCAACCACUAUUUGUGGCAUUUAAAAUAGCCGAACUCAAGGAGAGUUUGACGGUUUACUGUACUUUGAAAAUGCUUCAGUCUCUAUCGGGUUGGAUAACAACUGGUGCAACACUUGCUGUUUUAACUGCGGUGUCCGUUGAUCGUCUACUCGCUCUUACCCUUCAUUUACGAUACAAUGCAAUUGUUACCGUUCCUCGAAUAUUCCAAAGCAUUCUUGCUUUCUGGAUUCUGUGCCUUGUAAUGAAUAUUAUAAGAUUUUGGAUGACCAAGGAAUGGUAUUUAAUCCCGAUUGUCGCCGUUUUUAUCACAUUUUUUAUUAUAACGUUUAGUACUAUACGAAUAUUUCAAAUUGUUCGAAGACACCUACGCCAGAUAACUGGCCAAACUCUUGCCGCCGGCCCUCCUCAAGCAAACACAUUGAACGUACUUAAGAGCCGAAAAUCGGCUGUGACAGUGCUUUAUAUUUACGGCUUGGUCUGGAUAUUCUAUCUUCCGUUUCUUAUAGUGCUAUUCAUUGACGUAUUUUAUGGAUACACAAGAACAGUAAGGAUUGCCUAUGACUUUGCUGUAACUGCUGUCUUCAUCAACUCUUUUUUAAAUCCAGUUGUGUACUGUUGGAGAAUCAGUGAGAUACGACGCGCUGUGAGAAAUGUGCUCAGAAAAGAAUAA